AGAUUCAAUCUGAAGUCGUUCAAAUUCUUCAUCAGCAGCCCAACGAAUUCCAAACAUCAAAGCCCGAAGUUCAGCUUCCGUCGGAGAGCUACCCUCCACCGGAAAGGUAACUGCCGCAACCAGCUCUCCACUCGGUCUCCUCACAAUUGCUCCUCCUGCUGCUGCAUUAGAUUUACACCCAAGUAUUUGAUUGGAAGCGUAGCCAGCUUCAUGCCCAAAAGAUCCUUGAUUCUGCUAAGUCUACCAGAUGAAGUCUUCCCACACACAAAAGAACUCUUUUGGAAAUUAAUAAGCUGUCCAGAGGCAGUUUGAUAAUCAUCUAAAUACUCUUUAAACACCAUCAGGGACCUAGAAUCCACAUUAAGAAAUAUAAGAAAAUCAUCAGCAUACCCAAGAUGAGAAGUAGGAAAGCCAUUAGACCCCAUCCAGAAUGCUUUAAUGCUCCCAUUACCCAUAAGAUGAUUCAGCCCCCUAAAAAAAGCUUCUGAAGCAAUGAUGAACAAAAAAGGAGAUAAAGGGCCCCCCUGUUUGACCCCUCUUUGGGGUUUGAAAAACCCAUGAGGUGCCCCAUUGACCAGCACAGAUAAGUGAGUAGCCUCCAAAUUGUUAAGAACCAAUCUAACAAAUUGAUUACAAAACCCAAAUUUCUUCAUAACAGCAGCUAAAAAAUACCAUGAGACUCUAUCAAAAGCUUUAGCCAUGUCAAGUUUAAUUAUCAUAUUAGAGCCCCUGACCUACUUGUCAAUGCAAUGAACUAUUUCCUGAGCCACCAAAACUUGUUCUGCAAUGUCUCUGUGUUGCAUAAAACCAGCAUGUUCUUUUGAAAUAAUUUUUUGCAAGAGAAUCCUAAGCCUGGCAGUAAUAAUCUUUGUACAAACUUUACUUAAAAAAUUAGACAAGCAAAUAGGUCUAAAAUCUGUAAAAGAACUAGGACUGUCAUUUUUGGGAAUAACAACAAUCAAAGCACUGGAAAUACCCUUAGGAAUAGGAAUCCCUAGGAAGAAUUCCUGAGUAGCCCUCCACACAUCAUCUCCCGCCACCUUCCAACAUUUCUUAAAGAACUUACCAUUGUAACCAUCAGGACCAGCUGCACUGUUUUGAUCCAGCCCCCAAACAGCCUCUUUAACCUCCUUAUGAGUAGGUAAGGAAAUCAAAUUUUUGUUAUCAUCUUCUGUAAUAAUGUGUGGAAUGUUUUGCAGGACCUCUAGAGGAUCAUUAUCAGGGCCUUUGAAGUAUAAUUCAGUGAAAAAGUUAAUGGCAGCAUCACCAAUUUCAUAGGGACUGGAUUUUAAACGUUCUUUAAAACAUCAAGAUGAGAAACUGUCAUUGGUUCAAUUUGGGAGUCACUUGCGCAUUGAGGAGAAUCUUCGUGUGCAAGAGAAUGACCAAAUUAUGGGUGAAGUUGAAUCUAGACUGGCUCAUGUGCACUUGGUUGAGGAUAAUAAAUCUAACCCGAAAGAUAAGCGCAAGUAUGAAGACCAUGACAAAUCCAACAAGAAAUCGAAAGGUUUGGUUUGUUGGAGGUGUCAAAAGGUUGGACAUGUCAAGCGUGAUUGCCGUGUGAAACUGAACAAGAAUGGCGCUGGAACGAGUGGCAGUGGACAGGAACGGUGUAAGGACCUGGUUCCACGGAAAGGAGGUCAGUUCCUGACUAACUUUGAUAAUUCUAUCCAGAGUUAUGUAUCACUCAUUCCAGAAUCUUUUUAUGUACAGGAUGAUGACUGUGCAUGGUGGAUUGACACGGGGGCUACGAGCCAUGUGUGUAAGGAUAAAAGAUGUUUUGAAGACCUAGAACCAGUGGAGGUCGGUUCCUUCUUACGCAUGGGAGACGAGUCAAUGGUGCUUAUCUUGGGAAAGGGUGUAGUUUUUUAGAAAUUACUUCUGGAAAAACAAUUACGUUGUUUGAUGUUUUGUAUGUACCGAAGGUUCGAAAGAAUCUUGUUUCGAGAAGUAUGUUGAAUAAUUUAGGGAUCAAACAAGUGAUUGAAUCCGAUAAAUAUAUUUUGUCCAAGGGUGAUGUGUUUGUUGGUUUUAGAUAUUUAUCAAAUCGCAUGUUUCGUUUGAAUGUUGUGAAUAGAUUAAUUUCUAGUGAUAAUUCUGUUUUUGUGGCAUCUUCCAUUAAUGAUUGUAUGAUUUGGCAUGCUAGAUUAGCUCACAUUAAUUUUAGAAAAAUGCAUGAAAUGUCUAAAGAUGGUUUAAUUCCGGCUUUUGAUAUUAAUGAUGAUAAGUGUAGGACUUGCAUGCUUACUAAGAUCACAAAACAACCGUUUCCUAAUGUUGAAAGGAAUUCGGCUAUUUUGGAUCUUGUACAUAGUGAUCUAUGUGAUUUUCACUCAACUCCUUCCUUUGGCAAUAAAAAGUUUGUUGCUACUUUUAUUGAUGAUUCAACUCGGUUUUGUUAUGUGUAUUUAUUGCACACUAAGGACGAAUCUUUAGAGAAAUUUAAAGUGUAUAAAACCAAGGUUGAAUUGCAAUUGGGUAAUCCAAUUAAAUGUCUUAGGACUGUUAGGGGAGGAGAAUAUAUGGAUCCCCAUUAUUUUCAAUCUGAUGGAAUCAUUCAUGAGACCACGGCUCCGUAUACACCACAACAAAAUGGUGUGGCCAAACGGAAAAAUCGAGUGUUAAAGGAAAUGGUUAAUUCCAUGCUUUCCUACUCGGGUUUGAGUGAAGGGUUUUGGGGAGAGGCCAUGCUCACGGCCUGCUAUGUUCUAAAUAGGGUUCCAAAUAAAAGGAACAAAACAACCCCAUAUGAGCUUUGGUACAAGAAAGCGCCGAAUUUGAAAUAUUUUCGGGUUUGGGGUUGUAGGGCGGUUGUAAAAUUGCCCGAGACCAAAAGAAAAACUUUUGGGGAAAGGGGAAUUGGUUGCAUAUUCAUAGGGUAUGCUGAACAUUCCAAUGCUUAUAGGUUUUAUGUAAUAGAACCUAAUGAUGCGGUAGCGGUUAACACUGUGAUUGAGUCUCGGGAUAUGAUCUUUGAUGAGAUGAGGUUUUCAUCAAUUCAAGGACCAAAGGAACUAAUUCCAAGAACUAGUGAGGUGUAAGUUCCAGAAUGUUUGGAUGGUUCUUUGAAUCCCGAAGCACCACAAAUAAGGAAAAGCAAAUGAGGUCGCAUCAUGAAAGACUUUGGUCCCGAUUUUCACUUGUAUUUAGUGGAAGGUUCAAGGGAUGAAACGGGGGUACAAUAUUCAUAUUGUUACCAAGUUUAGGAUCAUCCAAAGACCUUUAAAGAGGUAAUGGAAUCCCGAGAUGUUUCCUUUUGAAAGGAGGCAAUUGAUGAUGAAAUGUCAUCAAUUAUGAAGAACAACACUUGGGUGUUGUCGGAUUUGCAACCGGGUUCUAAACCCUUAGGUUGCAAAUGGAUAUUCAAAAAGAAGAUGAAAGUGGAUGGAACUGUUGACAGCUUCAAGGCUCGGUUGGUCAUUCAAGGUUUUAGACAAAAACCCGAAAUUGACUAUUUUGAUACGUAUGCGCCGGUUGCUCGAAUUACAACCAUUAGGUUGUUAAUUGCUUUGGAGCCUAUACACAAUCUGAUUAUACAUCAGAUGGAUGUCAAGACGGCAUUUUUAAAUGGUGAUCUUGAUGAGGAAGUUUACAUGAAACAACCAGAAGGUUUUGUUAUGCCGGGAAAUGAGCACAAGGUUUGUAAACUUGUCAAAUCAUUGUAUGGGCUGAAACAAGCACCCAAACAAUGGCAUCAAAAGUUUGAUGAAGUUAUUUUGUCCAAUGGUUUUAGUUCAAACCAAUCGGACAAGUGUGUUGGUCCCGUUUAUAAUGGGAACAGUCUAGAGGGGGGGGGGGGGGGUGAACAGACUGUUCAGGAUUUUUCAAACUUUUCUCUAAGUCACUACUGACUUAUCAGAGAUGGUCGAAUUCUGGUGACAAAGAAGGUCAAGUUCUGAUGGCUGAACUGGACCUGGAAGCGGAUUGGUUUCUAUCCGGGUAGCCUCAUAAAACACUAAGGCAAAUGCCUUUCUGAUAACUCUUAAGGGAGAUCUGCUGAACACAGAGUCCAACCUUUUGAGUUAAACAGUCAAGAUCUUAAGUGCAGAAAUAAAUGUGUAAAGUAAAUGACAACGGGGAAUUUUAUAGUGAUUCAAGGAACAAUGUGUUCCUCUAGUCCACUGUUCCACUAAGCUUGCAAAAACAACAGUUUACAACGCCUUAGUCUCUAGAACUUAAGAAGCACUCCACAUCUUCUUCAAGCCUAGUUGCCACUCGGGAUGCAGCCCUGCUUCCUGAUGGCUGGUCUCGUUUCACUGAGUCUCUUGGAAGUAUCCCCACUUCACUUACUCCAGUUAGUUUGAGACGUCCCUUCUUUUUCAAGAAGUGUUUGAUUCAAGAUCAGUUUUCUCCAACGUUGCUUCUUCACAAAGGAUGUGUAGAUGAUGCUUUCGAAGUGUUGAAGAAUUGAGGAACUUUGCUACUUUUUAUUUGGAUGAAGGAUAUGAAAAUAUAUCUUCCAACUUAAGCUUUUCUUGUUGAGGUAAGUGAGUUUUCUAUCUCAAGAAAGCUUUAAGAUUUUUUGGUUCAGAGCAAAUAGGUUGAGCAAAGUUAUAGAGCAAAAGUUGUCCUGGUAGUUCUUCAAAGUGUAUCUUAUAUAUUGGGAGCAGUCUUCCCGUUGGAGUGUAGAAGACAGCUUCAUUAAUUGCUUGUACUGUUGAUUUGACCGGUUGGACCUUCGACUUGCUAUUUUGGGGGCGUGAAGAUACUCGCAUGGUCAAUCAUCAGCUUUAAAUAUAUCUUCGUACGUACACCAUUAAUUGAGCAUUUAAUGCGUGUACAGUACCAUGUUCCCGUCGAAUGGCUCCUAGCCAUUAAAGGAUUUCCCGUUAGUUUCACGGCCGUUGGUAAGUGCCUUCGAAUUCUGCUAAGUAAGAGCAAGUCUGAUGAGACUUUCUGAUCCGAACUCUGAUGACUGCCUCUGAUGCCAACUCUGGUACCCAACUCUGGUAGCUUCUCUGGAGAGCAACUCUGGGAGCAACUCUGGUGAGCAACUCUGGGAGCAACUCUGGUAGAUGUUCUGAUCAAGAAGACCAAGAGGGUUUCUGGCAUGUCGACUAUGCUAAUACUUACCUCUUCUCUGGUCUUUUCCCCCUUUUUGGCAUCAACAAGAUCUCCAAGGAGGAGCUCAAUCUUAGAGAACUCUGAAGCCUGAGCAUCUCUGAUCUCAUCUAGGGCUUCUGGCAGAGUCUGGGUAACAGAGGCCGGUCCUUCAAUCAGGCUCUGUUGUCUCUCCAUGGUUGAUUGGAUGCUCUGUGUACUGGCUUCAAGGAGUACCAACUUCUGGUAUCGCUCCUUGUCCUUUUGAAAAAGAUUAGAGGUUUGCGCUUUGUGUUCUUUACAAAGAAUCCUUAUCUCCAUAAAACGCUCUGAGGAUUGAUCUGCAUUCCAUUGUAGAAUGUCUAUGGCUUCAGUGAUCUCCUUCAGUUUCUCGUUCUGAUCAUUUAGAGAUUGGGAGUGAAAGUAGAGGACAGAGUCGAUUCCAUCUACUUCCUUGGAGACUGCAUCAACCUUGUUAUUGGAGGAGUUCAUGAAUGUGUGCAGGGUCUCUGUCAGAGAGUCAACUUUUUCUGAUAGCUGCUGUAAGCCCUGGUUGAGAUUGAUUUUAGUGUGAGUCAGAUGUUCAUAAUGCUUGUCAUUGAUGAGUAUAAGCUUGUUCAUGUUAUCCAGCAUCUGGCCACCAAACUCUUCUGCAGAUUGCACAAACUGAUUGAAGUUUAUCUGAGGCUCUUCUGGAGUAAACCCUGGCAUCUCCAAACCUCUGCCCUUAGGUAAUGGAGGAUUGUUGUCAGUGAGUUUAGGAGAAUGAUCUCUAGGAGGUGUCUUCCUCCUCUUAGAUGUGAAGUCAGCCGUAAGAGAGGAUGUGAGGAAUCCAUCAUUGUCAGCAUCUGAGGAUAAUAUGCAGAUGGGGAUCUUUCUCUUGGGCGUUGAGGCUAUAGAGAGUUAGUGAGAGAUUUGUGGUGUGGUAGCUCUGGACUUGGACUUGGAUUUCUGCUGAGGGGGUGAGCUCUGGUGAGGAGGGGUUUUCUGUUGAGGGGAGGGUGAAGGUGAGGGUGAGCGGUUUCUGCUAGGUGUAGGUUGUUUGCAAGGUGAUGAAGACAUGGAUUUGGACUUCUGUGGAGUUGGGUUUCUGGUGGGUGAAGGUGGGGGAGAGGAGGUUUUCUGUGGUGAAGGGGUUUUCUGUUUGAGUGGAGAUGGAUAUUUUGGUGGAGAGGUAACAGGUGUGGUGAACAAAGGUGAAAGUGAUUUGGGAGAGGGAGGAGGGAGUUCUGUGGAGUGAUGAACAGAGGGGGAGUUAGGGAUUACCUCCAAGAUGGUUUCCUCAAAUUGGGAGUCUCUCCAUUCUCUGAUUAGCUUCUCCAUGACCAAUGGAAGAUCAUUAGCAGUGGAGGGUUCCCCUUCUCCAUGAACGCUAGGACGAAAUUUGAUAAGAGAUUCCUUCCUUUUCUUCUCAAUCAGUCAUUCAUCAAAGACAUCCAUUUCAUGCUCCUGCAGGGCUUUGACAUGCUUCUCUGGUGAAGUAUCGAUCAGAGGAACUUUGCCUUGGUAUCUCUCUUUCUUUUUCUGUAAGACAGAGAUGAUAAAGGCAAGAUCAAAACACUGGGACACAUCUUCUGUGCCUACCCAGUGAAGGACUGCAGCUUCUUCUUCCUCAUAAUCAUCAAAGUAUUGAAUGAUCUUCUGACGUGGUCCCAUUCUCCAUCUUCUCCAUGCUAGAACUCUUUCAAACUGCUUCUGUAAGAUUGUAUUGAAGUCAGUCUUUGGUGCUCUGUCAGAGAUGACUUGAGGUUCUGGUAGAGCAGUAGUGUUGGGAAAGUCUGGCACAGAUGAGGGUUGUGCAACUGGUUCAGGUUCCCCCUGAGUUUCUGAUCCCUUUGCAGGUGAGACUGCUUUCUUCUUCUUCUUCUUCAUUGGUUGGAGACCAGAGUUGUCAGAGUCCUCACUCUGAACAACCAACUUCCUUCUCCUUUUCAUCUUCUGCUUCUUAGCAGGUGAAAAUCUGAUUGGCUUUGAGGGAGCCAACUCUGAUGCAACCACCUCUGGUGCACCCUUCUCUGGUGUGGACUUCAUGUCAUUCUUCUUCUUCUUCCUUACAUCCCUUGCAACCUGCGACUGCUCAGGUUGUUCUGAAGUCACAGUGGACUUCUUGGAAGUCUUCCUGGGAAUAGGUUUGGGUUUUACAGCCUGUUGUUCCCUCUUUUUCUCUAGCUUUUCUUCUCUUUUCAGUUCAGCAGAGAUGGCUAUAUUCAGCUUAGGAGAUGCAGUGAGAAAGAUGGUUUAGGAGUGGUCAACUGGGGAAGGAUCCUUGAGUUGAACUCCAUGGGCAGUGAGGAUUGCAGAGAGAAGAAGACCAUGUCCCAUCUUGGUUGAGAAAAGGCCUGUUUUCUUAUCCUUCUUCUUGAUAAACUCAGUUAAAGAGCCGAAAAUUACCUCGCCCCAGUUUAUAUUCAUGCCAUGGUGAACAACAAAGAUUGCUUUGCAGUUGGCUUUGUUCAUUUCGUCAGUUGAGCCAGUUUUGCACCACAAGCACCUGUGCAAGAUGCUGAGCAGCUUCUCAUAGUCCUUCUUCUGUAAGAACUUCUUCAUGUACAGCUUGUCUAGGUUGGUAGCCUCAGGGCGGCGGUAGGUCUGUACAAAUGCUUCAACAGAGACAUCCACUGACUCCAGGUCAAUGAGAGUAGGAGUUUCAGGGUCUUGAGAGUCCAAUUGGACUCCAAAGAAAUCAUUAAGGGCAUCUGCAUUCAGAGUGAUGCUUUUUCCCUGCACCUGGGAGUGAACACCAUCCUUGGUGAUGGUGGCGUUGAGGUAGAACUCAGCCACAUCCUUGGUGCUGAACUGUUCGUAAGGAUGAGCAACAACCUUGCUCAGUUGAGACUCGUUCAUCCCCUAGAUGAUCUUUUCCAUCCGUUUCUGGUUUUCUGCGAGUAGCGGUAGAGCUGACAUGUCCACCUUCAUGCCAGUCACAAUCUUGGAAACAAAAGUUUUGGCUUCCUCCUUAGUGAGGUCGUUGAUGUUGAUGAAGUUCAUUUUCUGAGAUUGAUUCUAGAAAGAUUCUGGAGAUUAGGAGUUCUGAUAGGGUUGAAGGUUUGAGAGCAAAUGUACGUUUAGAGAGAUGAAGUAGCAGUAGCGGUUUAGGUUGAAGAAGGUGGUUAAAUGGUUUUGGGUUAGUGGACGUUUGGGAUUAUUUAUGGUUUUGAUGUAGCAUUUAAAGAAAUGCGGGCGGAAAACGUUUCCGUUAAAGGAAUAAUAAUCAGGGGUAAUCUGGUAAAAGACAUGUUCAAGUAAUUAGGUCUUGCCCGUUCCUCAAAAAAUAACUAAGUCCACAAGGAUCUAUGAUAGACUCCAGAUAAGGAUCUCUGUAUCCGAGAAUGUGGUUCUCUGAUGAAAGGUACUCUUGUGAUCAGAGAUAGAGAUACUCUGAUGGAAGGUUCUCUGUUCCAGAAAGCAGUUCUGGUCCACAGCAACUCUGGUUCAUGCAUCUCUAGGAAGAUCAUCCAUCAUUCCCAGUUCUUCCCUUAGCUUGUUAAACCUUGCCUCUGGUAAAGGCUUGGUUAGAAUAUCCGCUAGCUGAUCUUCUGUAGGUACAUGCUCCAUACAGAUAUGCUUCUUCUUCACAUGAUCUCUGAUGAAGUGAUGUCUAAUCUCAAUGUGCUUUAUCCUGGAAUGAAGUACUGAAUUCUGAGUGAUUGCAAUGGCACUGGUGUUGUCACAGAGCAGCCUGAUCUCCUUUGCAUAAAUUUCAUAGUCCUUCAGUUGUUGCUUCAUCCAGAGUAACUGAGCACAGCAACUCCCAGCUGCAAUGUACUCAGCUUCUGUUGUACUUGUUGAGAUUGAGUUCUGCUUCUUGCUAAACCAGGAGACAAGUCUCCCACCUAGCAUUUGGCAGUGACCAGAGGUGCUCUUCCUGUCUAACCUGCAACCUGCAAAAUCUGAGUCAGAGUAACCAAUUAGUUCAAAGUUACCUCCCUUGGGAUACCAUAGGCCUGCAUUUGGAUUUCCUUUGAUAUAUCUGAUGAUUCUUUUAGCAGCACUUAGAUGGCUCUCCUUGGGCUUUGAUUGGUAUCUGGCACAGAUUCCAACAGAGAAUGAGAUAUUUGGUCUGCUUGCAGUUAGAUAGAGGAGAGAUCCUAUGAUUCCUCUGUAAGUUGUUGCAUCGACAUCUUUUCCUUCAUCAUCUGGACCAAUUCCUUGUGAUGUGUUCAUGGGAAUCUUCACUGAGGAUUUGCCUUCCACUCCAAAUUUCUUGAUCAGGUCUCUUGUGUACUUCCCUUGGUUUAUGAAGAUUCCUUCUGGAAUUUGUUUUACUUGGAGUCCUAGGUAGUAGCUCAGUUCUCCCAUCAUACUCAUUUCAAAUUGACUCUGCAUAACUUGAGAAAAUUUCUUACACAAUUCUGCAUUAGUACUUCCAAAUAUAAUAUCAUCAACAUAUAUUUGUACUAACAGAAUAUGAUUAGCAACAGAGAUUUGAAAUAGAGUUUUGUCAACCUUUCCCUUGGUAAACCCAUGGUUUACUAGGAAUAGGGACAAUGUGUCAUACCAUGCUCUGGGAGCUUGCUUGAGACCAUAAAGGGCCUUUCUAAGCUUGUAGACACGGGAAGAUUGAGUAGGAAUGACAAAACCUGGUGGUGGUUCCACAUAAACUUUUUCUUCAAGAUCUCCAUUCAGAAAUGCACUCUUGACAUCCAUCUGGUAGACCUUGAUGUUGUUGAAGGCAGCAUAGGCUAGGAAGAUUCUGAUGGCUUCAAGUCUGGCAACUGGUGCAAAUGUCUCAUCAAAAUCUAUCCCUUCUUCUUGGCAGUAUCCUUUAGCUACUAGCCUAGAUUUAUUCCUUACAAUGUUGCCAUCUUCAUCAGCUUUGUUCUUGAAUACCCAUUUGGUUCCAAUGACAUUCUGGUGCUUAGGUCUAGGGACAAGUUCCCACACUUUGUUCCUUUCAAACUGUGUAAGCUCUUCUUGCAUUGCAUUGAUCCAGUCUGAAUCUGCAAGAGCUUCUUCUACAGUCAUAGGUUCCAUUUGGGAGAUAUAGCAGACACACAUUGCUUCUCUUCUGGUUGUAGCAGAUCUGGAUUGUACGCCACUUCUGAUCUGUCCAAUCACUUGGUUUGGAGCAUGAUCCCUUAACCAAGUUAGGCCAAGUUCUGAUAAGGGUUGCCUUGGUCUCUCUUGCUCUUCUUCAGGUUCUUCAUCACUAUCCUUGUCUCGUAGAAUGGAAUUCUGAUGAUGAAUUGGUAUGGCAGAGUUGGUGACCAACUCUGAUGUGACCGACUCUGGUGUUACCACUUCUGGUGAUUGUUCUAGAUUCGCUUUCUCCAAGUUCUUCGUUAUGUUCUCAACAGAGUUGAGAUCAUCAAAAUUGAUAUGAAUCGAUUCUUCAACACGUAGGGUCCUUUUGUUGAGUGAUCUGUAGGCUUUGCUUGUGCUUGAGUAGCCUAAGAAUAUUCCUUCAUCAGCUUUCUCCUGGAACACUUUGAGAUGUUCCUUUCCAUUAUUGAGUAUAUAGCAUUUGCCUCCAAACGCAUGAAAGUAGCUGAUGUUGGGUUUCCUUCCUUUCCAGAGCUCAUAGGGGGUCUUCUGAUGAGUUUUGUGAAUCAUGCUCCGGUUCUGGGUGUAGCAUGCAGUGUUGAUUGCUUCAGCCCAGUAUCUAUGAGGUAGACCAGAUUCAGCAAUCAUGGUCCUUGCAGCUUCCUUGAGUGUUCUAUUUCUUCUUUCUGCAACUCCAUUCUGUUGAGAAGUUCUGGCUGCAGAAAGUUGAUACAUUGUUCCAUUUUGGUCACAUAACUCUUGUAUGACUUUGUUGACGAACUCUGUUCCUCUAUCUGAUCUGAUAGCUUUGACUUUCUGAUUCUGCUCAUUCUGUAGUAGCUUCAGCAGAGAUGGUAGUUUCUGUAGAGUUUCAUUUUUCUUCUUCAGAAAGAUUGUCCAAGUGUAUCUCGAAUAGUCAUCCACCAUGACUAAAGUAUAUCUUUUGCCACCAACACUUUGAGUUUCUACUGGUCCAAAUAAAUCCAUGUGGAUCAGAUUUAAAGGACUAGUAGAGAGAUCUCCAGCAAUGGGUUUGAAAGAGUUCUUCACUUGCUUUCCUUUCUGGCAUGCACUGCACAGAUUCUCCUUCUUGUACAUAAUGUUAGGCAGACCAUCAACAAUGUGAUCCCUUGCUAGUUUGUUGAUUGUUUUGAAAUUCAAGUGACUCAGCUUCUUGUGCCAUUCUCAGCUGAGUUUUGAAUCUCCUUUGGCUAACAGGCAAAUUCCUUCUUUUGCAGUAGACCAAUCAACAACAUAGAUGUUUCUUUUCCUGGUAGCUGUCAGAACCACUUCCAUAGUUGUCUCAUGCUUGACAGAACAGCCUUCUUUGGAGAAUUCAACAGUGUAGCCUUUGUCACAGAACUGGCUAGCACUCAGCAGGUUGAAUUCAGGCCUUUGACAUAAGAGACAUCUUCUAGUUCCUGAUCAGUUUCCCUCUUCCUUUAGUUUGGCCAUCUUUAUCAUUACCUCCAAAGGUAACUCUGGGCCCUUUGAUUUUCUCGAACUCAGUAAGGCAACUCUUGUCACCUGUCAUGUGCCUGGAGCAUCCACUAUCAAUGUACCAAUCUUGCUCAGAGAUAGCUCCAGCACACAGUUCCUACAAAAAUUAAAAGGAAGAUUUAGGUACCCAAGCAAUGUUGGGUCCUAGGGGGUCAUGCAGUCUUGGAAGCCAGUACCACUUUGGUCUCAUCAAGUGAAACCAUGGUGGGUGGUACCCAUUGUCUACCUGGUAGUCAUAGUAAACGGAAGUGUGAUUCACUUUGGGCAGAUGCUUGUGAGGAUCAUGCUUCCGGUUUACAUACUUCUGCAUAGCCUUUUUGGUUGGGUAGAAGUCUCAUAUACUAUCAAAAGCAGAUCGGCGGUUAGCUUUGGGCUUCUUAAGUUGACCAACAAACCUUUUCUGCCUAAAGUUAACCUUCUCUUGAUAUUUGCCUCUCUGGUGAUCAUUUCUGGUGGGGUAGUCAUGAGAAUGUCUGGUCAAGUUCUGUUUUUGUUUUCUGUUAUUUUGAACACCUUUUCUGUUGUUAGGUUUUCUGCCAGGUUCAUUAGUUUUCAAAACUUGUUUUGGUUGAACCUUUAUCUUUUCCUUUUCUGGUCUGAUCUUCUCAUGAACAACCUUUGUACCAGAUACACUAGCUUGGCAAAUGGGGCUAGAACUCAGUGGCACUAUGACCUUGUCUGCUUUAACAACUCUGGUGUUAGGCAUUAUGGAAGGCUCAUCUGAUUCUGUUAAGCUAUAUCCAAUACCAAAACCAACGCCAAUUUGUUGAUCAAACACAAACCUUUCCAUUGAGGAUUGGGCCUUCUGGUAGGUUUUAUACUUAAUCUCAAGAGGUUCUAUCUCUAUUAUUCUCUUGAGAAGAGAAACAUUUUCAGCUUCCAGCUGAUCUCUUUCCUUAAUCAGAAGAUUGAUUUUGAUCUCAACCUCCUUUCUUAAGUCAAGAAUUUCAACCUUAAGCUUACUGCUUUCUUCUUUAACAGAGGAAUAAGUGGCUUGGAUGAUUUGAAACUCUUCCCAAAAUUCUGAUAUUGAAUCAGAAUCAAAAGCUUUGCCUACCGAAGAAAAACUAGAGUUAGAAGUAGAGGAUACCUCAUCAUCGGAUUGACCCAUAAGGCAUAGGUCUUUAGUCUCUGUAUCCAGGCAACAGAAUGCCUCAUCGAACUCUGAUUCUGAGAUGGACUCUACUUCAGAGAGGGGGUCCUUCUCUGGUUGCUCAGUGAUGAGUGUCUUCCUUCUUCUGUGCUCAUACUUCUUCUCUCCUUUCCGGCCUUGCCUUUUGGAGACUAUAGGGUGUGGACAGUUGGCCUUGAAGUGCCCUGGUUGUCUGCAGUUGUAGCAGAGAAGCUCUCCACUACUUUCUGAUACUUUGGACUUCUGGUGUGGCUUUCUGCUUGAGGAUGGACUUCUGUUGUCCUUUGGCUUCAAGAAUUUCCUGAACUUUCUGGCAAAGGCAGCCAUAUAUUCGUCAGUCAAGAGAAUUGAAGGGUCAAAGUUAUUUACCUGUGAGGUGCUGGUAGUGAGGGCAGUGGUUGUUCUGUCCUCAACUUCUUCUUUUUCUUCUUCAUUCAUCUCGAACUCAUAAGAUUUGAGAUCAGAGAUGAGCUUCUCAGUGCUGUAGGUUCUGAGAUCUUUGUUGUCUCUCAUGGCAGUGACCUUCAUCUUCCAGGGUGAAGAUAGACCUUUGAGAACCUUCAGGUUGAUCUCCUUGGGAGUAAGUUCCUUCCCAAGUUCUGAUAUCUCAGCAGUGAGGGUGAGCAGGCGUGCAUACAUCUCAGCUAUGCACUCUUUGGGUAGAAGUUUGAAGUCUUCAAACUUCUUCAUGACAAUGGUCAAUUUGUUAUCUUUCUCCUGCUCAUCACCAGCUCCUAUCAGGGUGAGUGUAUCCCAGAUUUCCUUGGCAGAGGUGCACUUCUUGAUUCUUGUGAACUAUUUGUCAUUUAUGGCUUUAUAGAGGAUGUCCUUGGUAAUGUUGUCAAGGUUGUAUUUCCUCCUCUCUUCAUUAGACCACUCGUGACGCAGUUUGGUGAUCUUCUGAGGUAGACCACCACCAAUAGUGUAUUCAGGAUUGACCUUGGUGAACUUUGUGAGAGGACCAGCAUCAAGGACUUCCCACAUUUCAUCAUGGAGUGCGCAGAGGUGAGCUUUCAUGCGAAUCCUCCAGUCAUCAAACUUAGUCACUGAAAACAUAAGAUUCUUUGAAAGAGUGUUAUUCAUAAUAUGAGAUUAAAGAGGCUAAAACAAGUGGAUCUCUUGUUCAGCAAGUAACCUAAAAGAUUAAAAGAACGAGGAGGCUCUGAUACCACUUGUUGGUUCCGUUUAUAAUGGGAACAGUCUAGAGGGGGGAUGAAUAGACUGUUCAGGAUUUUUCAAACUUUUCUCUAAGUCACUACUGACUUAUCAGAGAUGGUCGAAUUCUGGUGACAGAGAAGGUCAAGUUCUGAUGGCAGAACUGGACCUCGCAGCGGAUUGGUUUAUGUCCGGGUAGCCUCAGAAAACACUAAGGCAAAUGCCUUUCUGAUAACUCUUAAGGGAGAUCUGCUGAACACAGAGUCCAACCUUUUGAGUUAAACAGUCCAUAUCUUAAGUGCAGAAAUAAAUGUGUAAAGUAAAUGACACCGGGGAUUUUUAUAGUGAUUCAAGGAACAACGUGUUCCUCUAGUCCAUUGUUCCACUAAGCUUGCAAAAACAACAGUUUACAACGCCUUAGUCCCUAUAACUUAAGAAGCACUCCACGUCUUUUUCAAGCCUAGUUGCCACCCGGGAUGCAGUCCUGCUUCCUGAUGGCUAGUCUCGUUUCACUAAGUCUCUUGGAAGUAUCCCCACUUCACUUACUCCAGUUAGUUUGAGAUGUCCCUUCUUUUUCAAGAAGUGUUUGAUUCAAGAUCAGUUUUCUCCAACGUUGCUUCUUCACAAAGGAUGUGUAGAUGAUGCUUUCGAAGUGUUGAAGAACUGAGGAACUUUGCUACUUUUUAGUUGGAUGAAGGAUAUGAAAAUAUAUCUUCCAACUUAAGCUUUUCUUGUUGAGGUAAGUGAGUUUUUGAUCUCAAGAAAGCUUGAAGAUUUUUUGGUUCAGAGCAAAUAGGUUGAGCAAAGUUAUAGAGCAAAAGUUGUCCUGGUAGUUCUUCAAACUGUAUCUUAUAUACUGGGAGCAGUCUUCGCGUUGGAGUGUAGAAGACAGCUUCAUUAAUUGCUUGUACUGUUGAUUUGACCGGUUGGACCUUCGACUUGCUAUUUUGGGGGCGUGAAGAUACCCGCAUGGUCAAUCAUCAGCUUUAAAUAUAUCUUCGUACGUACACCAUUAAUUGAGCAUUUAAUGCGUGUAUAGUACCAUGUUCCCGUCGAAUGACUCCUAGCCGUUAAAGGAUUUCCCGUUAGUUUCACGGCCGUUGGUAAGUGCCUUCGAAUUCUGCUAAGUAAGAGCAAGUCUGAUGAGGCUUUCUGAUCCGAACUCUGAUGACUGCCUCUGAUGCCAACUCUGGUACCCAACUCUGGUAGCUUCUCUGGAGAGCAACUCUGGGAGCAACUCUGGUGAGCAACUCUGGGAGCAACUCUGGUAGAUGUUCUGAUCAAGAAGACCAAGAGGGUUUCUGGCAUGUCGACUAUGCUAAUACUUACAAAGAAAUUUUUCUAAUACAAAAUUUCUAUAGGGGUACUUUCAAAUUCUAAUAAACCUAGCAUCAUCAAAAUCUAAUUACAUUUAUUCCUUACAAAGUGUGUCCCAUAACCGAUUUGAUGCCUUAGGGGCGGGUGUGAUCAUAUGUCUCUAUGUUGAUGACAUGCUGAUUUUUGGAACUGACCAAAAUCAGGUUGAUGAAACCAAAAGGUUGUUAUCAUCAAGGUUUUCCAUGAAGGACAUGGGAGAGGCGGAUGUGAUCCUUGGUAUAAGGAUUAAACGGGUAAACAAAGGUAUUGCUUUGACACAAGCUCACUAUGUUGAGAAUAUUCUCAAAAGGUUUAAUUAUAGUGAUUGUUCACCCGUUGGUACUCCCAUGGAUCCUAGUGUGAAGUUGAUACCUAAUAAAGGAAAAGCGGUAUCACAAUUUGAGUACUCUCAAGCCAUUAGUAGUCUGAUGUAUGUCAUGACAAGCACUCGGCCGGAUAUUGCUUAUACCGUGGAUAGGUUGAGCCGGUUUACUAGUAAUCCUAGUACUCAACAUUGGCACACAAUGAAGAGAGUGUUCAAGUAUUUAAAGGGAACCAUGGAUUAUGGAAUGUGUUACUUUGAGUAUCCUUCAGUUUAGAGGGAUAUUUGGAUGCAAGUUGGAUAUCCAAUGUAGAGGAUCAUUCUUCUACAAGUGGUUGGGUAUUCUUGCUUGGGGGAGGUGCCAUUUCUUGGGCAUCCAAGAAGCAAACUUGUGUCACAAGUUCAACCAUGGAAUCUGAGUUUGUUGCGUUGGCUACCGCCAAUAAAGAGGCGGAGUGGUUAAGAAAUUUAAUUUUUGAGAUUCCAUUGUGGGGGAAGCCGAUUGCACCUAUUUCUAUCCAUUAUGAUAGUGUUGUCACUUUGGCUAAAGCGUAUAGUCAUGUUUAUAAUGACAAGUCUAGACACUUAGGUGUUAGACAUAGUAUGAUUAGAGAACUAAUCAUGAAUGGUGUAAGUUUCGAUGGAAUUUGUAAGAUCGCAACAUAACUUGGCGGACCACUUGACCAAAAGUUUGGGCCGGGACUUAGUGCACAAGUCUGUUAUAGGGAUGGGUUUAAAGUCUAUUUAAUCCUUAAUGGUGAGACACCCAAUUCCCCUCUAAUAAAACGUUAGAGGCUGAAUUCAAUGCAGAAAGCUCACACUUAAUGGAUUGGAACACACAAUGAAAAUCAUCCCAAGGUGUGUGUUCGGACCUGUAGUAGGGAGGCUGAAUUUAUUUCUUAAUAAUUCCUUUGAUAAAAUGUAAGCAGGUACACGAGUAAAGGAAUUAUCUAUAUGAUCGUGAAGUGUAGCCGCACUUCAAAAAGCUUGGGACUUGGCUUUUAUACGAUCAUGAAUGGGUUAGGACACACGGCUUUAUAAUUGUGUCAAGUUUGUAUUCUAGUUGAGUAUAGAAACUUGUAUGUAUUUUAUCUUGAGGUAUUCAAAUGGGUUGAAGGGUUCAAUCCGUAGGACACCCCGAUUCUCGAAUAUUUUUAAUGUGUAAAAUACUAAGAUCAAAAUUCAAUCGUAUCGACAUUUUCAUUUAUGUAAAAUACUAAGAUCAAAAUAUUUUGUUAUGUCAUUUCAUGGGUUACACUAAAAUGGGGGAGGAUUGUUGGUGAUUUUAGUGUCACCGGCCGUUUUGUGUAAUUGGAAAUGACAUGAGUGCCAAUGAGGAUUAGAACCGUGUUCUAAUACUAGCUAGCUGGUGUGAAGUGCACACUUGUAUAUAAGAACGAGUUCUAUUCCAAAGUGUCUACGACAGUGGAACUCGAGGUAGAACACUCAAUAGACCAACUCUGUGGUUCUAGACAGAGGUCUAGAGCGGUUGGGCAGUUUCGUGCAGUUUUUCCAAAAACUGUCACAGUUAUUCCAAAACGUGUUGCGACUGCCUGAGACGUGUAAUAUGGAUAUAUAUCACCAUAUUUCGUACAGAGAAACUAGAGUAAAAAUAUACAACAUAUCUUGAUCACUUUUGUCAUUCAACUUAAGAUAGCAAUCCAGAUACUCACUAGUUUGUCUCUACUUCUUGUGCCUAAGUUCUAGAGUGUCCUUAAAGAUUAUCCUAAAUUCAAUUUCUUGUAACCCAGGCAUAGAGGAGAAAUAUCAAUUUGGAAAGUGAACUUACACGAUUCUUAAGCAAUCCAAGUACUCGAUUAUCACCCCCUACGUGAUUUACCCCAACAGAUCGUAGUACACCUAUUUUAAAUUGUCACCGUAGAUUUAAAAGAGAAAAUGUAAAAAAUGAUACAUACAUCAACUUGACUCUGAUCAUAAAGAUCCUCAACAUUAUUUUGCAUACUACAAAGCACGUUAAGAGUUUUUUAUGUUGAAGCAAUACGUUCAUUACUUCAAUGACGUUGAAAACUGUUCAGGGUGAGUGCGUGACAUAUAUUUAGUGUGUAUUUUAUGAGAAAAAAUGUUAAAAAUGCACAUUAACUUAUCCCCAGUAGGCGGUAGCAUACAAAUUAACGUUCAAUAUUGUGCACCAAACAUUUUUCUUUGAUACAUCUAUCGGAAAGGAUUUAUGAACCAAACAUUACAAAGUCAGUUAGAUUGGUUUUUGUGUUACGUUGAUUGAGUGCUCAUCUCAUAUUCCGUAGUUUAUUGGUAAUAUUUUGCUUUUGUUUGUUAUUUAAUUAGUUGGGAAUCAAUUGUAAUACUCCCUCCGUCUCGAAAAUGUUGUCCAAAUUUCUUUUUUUGGAUGUCCCAAAAUGAUUUGUCAUUUCCAUUUAAAGUAAGGAACAUGUGGCUAAAAUUUUGGCAUUAUCAAUAGUAAUAAUGCCAUUUUCUUGGCAUUUUAAGGAAAAAUGGAUUUUUUUUACAAAACUGACAUUUUGUUCAUCAAUCGGAGGUGGUGGUGCUGGAAGGCGGUGGGAAUGGUAUCCAUUUAUUUUAAUUUUUUAUGGGUUUUUACUAUUUUUUAAUUAUUUUAGAAUUAAUUGUUUUUUGAAAUUUUUAUUUUAUAAUUUUUUUUACUGUUUUUUAUUAUAUUUUAUGAUAUUAUUAUGAAUUAAAACAUUUCAUUAUGAAUUAAUACGCUUAGGGGUAUUUAGGGUAGAAAAGCAAUGAUUAAUCUUAUUUGUGAAAGAUUUAAGUCUUUAGUCCUAUUUGAGCGUUUUAGGCAAAAUUUAGUCAUAUUUAGGACAAUUUCUAUUAAAUUAAAAAUCUAUAGAAAAAAUUAAAGAACCAAAUUCAAACACAACCUAUGUUAUCAUAUGCAGUCAACUGCCGUAAAUGGCACCAUAAAAUCUUGUUAAACCUUUAGUACAUCACUAAUUCCAUUGGAGCCAUUAUUUAAGAAGAAUAUAUAUACUUGCAAAUAAUAUUGCAAAUAAUAUUGCGAAUGUCAUAUUCGGUAAUGUCUCACAACAAUCUGUGAAGUGAUAAAUAAAUGGGCGAACAAAUUCAAAGUGAUCUUUUUUCAAAACAUUCACUAAUAUUACUUCUGGAAAGUGGUGAACAAAAGUUUGACAUUUAAAGUUGUUUUCAAAACAUUCACUAAUAUUACUUCUGGAAAAUUUAAACACAAUUAUAGUAUGAUGUAAAAUUCACUUUUUUCUUAUUUAAAAUUAAGUAAGAAUGAAGGGUGGAUGUCCAUCAAUUAUGUUCAUCUUAUUAUUUAAUUGCGCUCAGUGUGAAAAGGCAAUAGGCUAUAUUGAAAAGAGAACAGAGCACACAGACUCACCACAGAAUUAAUGUCAUGCUAUGUGACAUGUUUGUUGUAUGACCACUUCUUAUUAGUGCAUACGAGUAGUAAAUUGUGGGCUUAUGUAUAGUGUCUUAUCACUCUAAUGGGCCUGUUUUAUAUAUUUAAUUCUAGCCCAUCUCUCGCCUUUAAUAUAUAGUGUAUUAUCACUCUUAUGGGAUUGUUUUAUACAUGCUUUGACUUCACUAACACAUUCAGUCCUGUAGUCUAAGCCGCCAUUGUUCGUAUUGUGUUAGCUAUUGCGGUUCAUAAUCAGUGACCGCUUAACCAACUUGAUGUUAAAAACGCAUUUCUCAAUGGCUCUCUUGAUCAACCUGUCUAUAUGGAACAACCACCUGGUUACAUGGAUCCUGUGCAUCCUUCUUAUGUGUGUCGUCUCAAGAAGGCGUUGUAUGGGUUAAAUCAAGCUCCUCGUGCUUGGUUCCAACGGUUCAGUUCCUAUCUUCUUUAGUUGGGAUUUUAUUGCAGUCAAGCUGAUCCUUCCCUUUUUUGUUUGCUCAGGGGCCCACUCUUCUAUAUUUGUUAGUGUAUGUUGAUGAAUGAUGAUAUCAUCGUCACCGGUAAUAGUCAAAGUCAUAUAUGUUCAAUGCUUCAUUGCUCGCACGCACCAGGAAUUCUCUAUUACCGAUCUUGGCCGUCUUAAUUACUUUUUAGGGCUCGAGGUCACUCAUACCCCGGAUGGCUUAUUCCUCAGCCAAUCCAAAUAUGCACGAGACAUUCUAGAGCAUGCUAAGAUGCUUGAUGCAAAACCUAUUGACAUUCAUGUAAAUUACAUAUAUAUUUCUGUGUUUUUAAUUAGUUUUGAUUGAUUAUUACUUUUGAAAUUACACACUUUUGGUGUAAUAGUUUAACUUGUAAAAAUGUUUGUAAUUUUUUUAGAUUAAGUUUAUACUGAGCUCAAACAGGUCCAAGAUCACUAUAGGGACCAUUGAUGAACAUCACAAAUGGAAAGAAGGUGCAAAAAAAUCUCAAGAUUCUGAUUUUUGGUGUUGUACCCGGUCGGGUAUGACCUAUACCCGAUCGGGUAUCUUGUUGAAAAAUCAAAUCGGAUCGGAUCCGGGACAAGACAACAUGCAGGGGAGAUUUUGGCACGAUCGAGUGUUCAUACCCGAUCGGGUGGCCGACAUACCCGAUCGGGUAUAACCCAGUUUUUUAUACUUCCGCGAAGCAACCAAGUACCCGAUCGAGUGCCCUUACAGCCCGAUCGGGUACAAGACCCUGCAAGCCUAAAAACCCUAUAAAUACCCCCUUUUCCUUCCCACAAAGAUCACCAAUUCCUUUAUACUUCUAAGCUCAGUCUAGAAUAGUUCUUUCUUUAUAUUUUCAUCAUGUUUAGUCUCCAAAUGAGGAGCUAAACUCUUCCAUCUUGGUUUUGCAACUUUGAAGCUUAAUGAAUUUGUAAGUUGUGAGUUAUUCUCUUUAAUUUUCUUCCUUGAAUAUUAAUUCUUCCUUUAAAUACUAUUUCUAUAUCAA